AUGACGCCCAAAACACCCACACCAAAGAACACAGACAACAUCGCGCUCUCCCUCCUCUCCCGCGCCCAUUCCCCCACAACAGCAAACACCAUACUCACGGAAAAGGUAAACUCGCGACCCGUCUACCUCAAGCCCAGCGAACCCAGCACCAACGCGCAACAAACCCGGCGUUCACAACGAGCGCGCAAGCUCCUCAGCUCACGGAAAAAGAAAAUAAAACCACCUCCUCUAUCAGCACGCCAAAAACGCGCGUUGUGUAUCUAUGAAAUCCCCAAGGCAUCGCAGAAAUAUGCGGUUUAUGAGCCGUUGCAUGGGAUGUGGGUAGGGUAUAUACAGGAGAUUCUUGGACUGGAAGAGGGAGGGGGGAAGAACUUGCCCGUUACGGGACCGGCGGCCGCGAAGCUGUGUAGUGCCGAUUAUCACGGUGCCGAGCUGGAGGUUGUGCGGAGUAGAUGUGUAUCGCGGGUUGGGGUGAGGGGGAUAGUGGUGAGGGAUUUGAGGGGGGUUUUUGAGGUUGUUACGAAGGGUGAUAGGGUUAAGGUUGUGCCGAAGGAGGGGACGGUUUUUAGAUUUACUGUGCCGAUACCGAUGCCGAUACCGAUAUCUAUGGCUGAAGAAGUAGACGGGCCGGCAGAGAAAGUGGGAAAAGGGGGGACAGUGGAAGACGCAAAGAAGGAACUAGUGUUUGAGCUGCACGGCAACCAAUUCAUGUACCGGGCAGCGGACCGCGCGAACAGGAAGUUCAAGUCGCACUACCUUCCUGAUCUUUGA